UCUCUCUCUAUAUAAACAGACGAGACCCUCAACCCUCGAAGCAUCAAAGAAAUUAUAGACUUAAAAGAGAGGGUUUGGGGGAGAAUUUCUCUGCAACUGAAGAAGGGUUUGUUUCUGUUAUAUCCUAACAAUCAAAAUCUUUGGUCUGCAGUGGAAGUAAAACAAGCGCUUUGAUUUCUUAUUCAAAUCAGAAUGGCUCGUUUUCUUCCAAACGCAAAGCUUUUUUCAGCUCUCAUCGAUGGCGUCUCAGUACCGGUCAACAGGCGAGGUUACGCUGCAGUAUCUCAAGGUGUUGUUUCAUCGAACGUAGUUGAAGGAAGUGGGGCAAAGAAGAGCGGCGUAGUGAAAGCAGGGGAGGAGAUCAGAGCAACCACUAAAGAAGCAUCGGAAACUAAAUGUUGGGCACCAGACCCUGUUUCUGGUUACUACCGCCCAGAGAAUGGUGCAGGCGAAAUCGACGUGACCAAGCUUCAGGAGAUGGUCUUGAACAAGGCUAGGCAACACUAGAUUGAGAUAAUCAAACUAACUAUAAAUUACAGUUCAUAAAUCUCUGCAAAUCUCCUCUUUUUCCCUCUUUCUGGGUAGGAAAAAAGGAAAAUAGAAUCAAAUGAAAAUCCAUGGCUUCUGUUGUUGCAGAAAUUCAAUUCAAAU